UGUCUAAGCAUAGCAGGACAAGUUCGUAGCAUUUGAUUCCGCACUUUUUGUUUUGAUAUAUUUAAUUUAGAGGAACCAUUAAUAUAAUAUUCUUUCAAGAUUUUAACGAAAUGAAGAUUCGAUUGAGAGUGCUAUUUAUUGUGUCGUGGAUGUGGGUUUUGAAGAGCUGCAAUGGGAAUGUAUCUUUUAUUGAUGAACCUUCUGAUGAUACUACUGACAUAGGUAGAGACCACUGGUUUACGUGCAUCGUCACCGGAUUACAAGACGAUCAGAUAUUACAAUGGUACAAAAAUGACAUACGAAUUUUUGCGUCGGAGGACCUGAGUAAAAACAAAUAUUCGAUUCAAAGAAAACAAGGCGGAUCUAAAAUAAUUCUUUGGUUAACUAAUGUAGCUACCACUGACGGUGGGCGAUAUCAAUGCGUUGUGGUAGCUUCCGAAUCUGGUGAAAUUAUUAAACGGUCUCGUGCCGCGAUAUUAGUAGUACAAUCUGUGCCUGGGCCUCAGUACCCACUUUGCGAUAUUCCAAGCCGAAACAUCCUCGUUGAUUCGUUAGUAGACAUUAAAUGUAUGUCACAGAAUGUUAAUCCACCAGUAUCAUUAAAGUGGAUGCAUCAAGGCGAAGACUUAGAAAGACUGGCAUCAAUAAGUGAACAUGAAGAGAAUGUUAGCUUGGUUUUAAGCAUGAAAAUAAAGAAGGAACAAGAUGGCGCACUGUACACAUGUGAACAAACAUCCACUCUUGUCCCGAACAACAUCUCAAGCUGCCGUGUCGGACCACUGAACAUCCUUUAUAAGCCAGAAAUCGAUAUUCAGUACAUACAGCCGAUAUUAGCAGGUCGGGAAACGAUUAUAUUUUGUCAGACAAAUGCUAACCCUCCAGUUACUAACUAUAAGUGGAUGUUUCACCCGGACGUACCACCAUCGGACUACAUUUUGGAUAAUACUAAACAAGUACUGAAACUUGUAAGGCCAACAAUAGCGCAAAAUGGAUCUAACCUUACUUGUAUUGCCAGGAAUGAUAUAGGAGAAACAAUUUCUACAAUACGGAUUUACAUUACAAAACCAAAAACAAAUGUUGAAACUGAGAAAACAACAAGCGAUAUGCCUAAUUUUGAAGAUAAAAACUCAAUUUAUUUAUCGUUAGAUGUUGUGAUUAUCAUCGCUGCUGGUGUUGUUAUUAUUGUUGUACUUGUUGUUCUUGUUCCCGUUUAUCAUUAUUGUUUGUGCCGUAACGAAAACAUAACGACACUUGAUUAUUCUGAGAAAACAGUGACUCAGCCUGAAGUGUAUUAUGAGGCUAGAGAAGGAGUAAUUUUAAGACACACGAUACAAGAUCUGUCUCUUAUACACAUCUAG